AUGUCCGGGCGGCUCGGAGGCGGCCAGCACCGGCAGCGCUCGGGGCGAGCGGGCAGCGCAUCCCGGGCACCGCACCCGCACCGAGCAUCGCAUCCCGCACCGAGCAUCGCAUCCGAGCAUCGCAUCCGAGCAUCGCAGCGCGGCCGGGACAGCCGUGCAGAGCCUUCCCCCGAGCGGAGCAUGAGCCGAGCGGGCAGCGGGAGCCCCUGGAGCCCCGGGAGCCGGGGGGCAGCGCUGGUGCUGGCGCUGGCGCUGGCGCUGCCCGCGGCCGUGCGCGGCUGCAGCUGCGCCCCCGCGCACCCGCAGCAGCUGCUGUGCGAUGCCGCGCUGGUGAUCCGAGCAAAAAUAUCCAGUGAAAAGGUGGUUCCUGCCAGUGAUGAUCCCCUUGAUACCCACAAAAUGAUCCGGUAUGAAAUCAAACAAAUAAAGAUGUUUAAAGGAUUUGAAAAGCUCAAGGAUGUCCAGUAUGUCUACACCCCUUUGGAUUCAUCACUCUGUGGAGUGAAGCUAGAAGCCAACAACAAAAAACAGUAUCUUCUAACAGGCCAAAUUUUAAAUGAUGGCAAAGUGCUGAUCCAUUUGUGCAACUACAUAGAGCCGUGGGAUGAUUUAUCCUUGUCUCAGAAGAAGAGCCUGAACCAGAGGUACCAGAUGGGCUGUGGCUGCAAGAUCACCACGUGCUACAUGGUGCCCUGCUCCAUCACGGCGCCCAACGAGUGCCUGUGGACGGACUGGCUGAUCGAGCGGCGCCUCUACGGCCACCAGGCCCGGCACUACGCCUGCAUCAAGAGGAGCGACGGCACCUGCAGCUGGUACCGAGGGGGGCCUCCCCCGGAGAAGGAGUUCAUCGACAUCAGCGAGCCCUGAGGCGCUCCCGCUCCCCGGAACGCGGCCCUGGGGGCUCCUUGCGCCCGCCCCGCGCGCUCACAGCUCCCGCGGCCGCGUUGUCUGGCUUAGAAAACAAACACCAGCUGUCCCCGCGGGGCUGGCGUGGGGCAGGGCCAGGGACAAAGGUCCUGGGCUCCGCUCUGCUCUGCACAGAGGGCUGGCAGUGUCCCCCGAGGCGGAGCGAGUCCCCUUUUUUGCCAAUAUGAAUGUACGAGAACAAAAGAGUUGCCACGGUUUUGUCCCCCCUGUUUGAUAACCUGCAGAUCGUGUUUUAUCCCGAAUCUUUCCGAUGAACUACGGAAUGUUUUAUAGAACUGUUUUGUUGUUUUGUUUUUUUCUGUAUGAAAGUCUUGGAUACGACAGAAUUAUUGUACAGUGUAUAUGUAAAGUAUUAUAACAAUGUGCUAUUAAAAAAAAGAUAAAAAGAUUCACAAAUA